AACAAACAUGGCCAACCCAACUCCCACUCACAGCAUUGUGCCUGCCAACGAAAGCUCUACCUCACAAGAUGAAUGUACCCACAUAUUGCUCCAUGUCCCGCUAGCGGUGGUCUACUCCGUGAUCUGCACUCUGGGUUUUCCUGGAAACAUGGUGGCUCUGUGGGUCUUCUUUUCGGUUAAAAAGAAGAAGAACUCUAUUCAUGUGUUUCUCAUCAACCUUGUUUUUGCCGACCUGCUGCUGGUUAUCUGUCUGCCAUUUCGGAUUUUCUAUCACACCCAUAAUGGCACCUGGGAUAUGAAUCCUACCCUGUGUACAAUAGUAAGCUUCCUCUUCUACACAAACAUGUAUAUCAGCAUCAUCCUGCUGGGACUGAUCAGCGUGAAUCGCUACUUGAAGAUCAAUUGCAGCGUAGGGAUGCAGCGAUGGCUUUUUUCCUUAAACUCAGCCCGUAUUGUCUGUGCUGUUGUCUGGUUUGGUGUCUCAGCAUUGACAUUCUCUACCUACAUGUGGAAACCGUCAGACCCAGAUAAUAGGUGUUUCCACUACAAGAAGCUCCUAGAUGCAAAGUGGAGAGCCUACAUCAACAUGUUGGGGCUGGUAAUCUUCUGGAUUGUAUUCAUAGCUCUGAUGGUAUCUUAUGGCAAGAUCGCCCUGAAGCUCCUGAGGAAAUCAAAAGAGAGACCAGAAAUGCCCAACGCACCUCGCUACGCUCGAAGCGCCAAGAAGUCAUUCUUCAUCCUCUUCGUCUUCACCUUCUGUUUUGUCCCCUUUCACAUGUUCAGAAUCGUCUACAUUGUGACACAGAUCACAGAAAGCUCCUGUUUCUUGAUUAACCUGGCAGACAUAACCAACAAUGUUGCGUUGUUAUUUACUGCCUCCAACAGCUGCCUGGACCCCAUCUUAUAUUUCCUGUUAUCCUCCUCAGUGAGAAAGGAGAUGCUGCACAUAGUGAAACGAGUGUUUUGUGUGCAUGAUGUUGCCAUCAGUGAGAGCACCACCUCCUAUGAGAACCAUUCGAAGAUUAGAUUAGAAGAGUACCGUUAAACAUGAAAAUUUAAUCAGCAUGACAGUAUAUUCCAAUGAGAUUUCCCUCGUCUUACAUUCUCAGUGAGAGCCUCCGAGAACAGACCAGUUCUCAUGAUGGGAAAUACUCCAGAGUCCUUGGCGUGUCAGCCAAAAUGAGACAAAAGCAUGAUUAGGAGUUAUCCGCACACGCACUCAUUUGCUGCCAAUUCUCUGGAGGAUCAUCUGUUCUAUUAAAACAAAUUUCUGAAAUUUUUCAGACUUAUAGCAGCAGCACUGACCUUUGUCAGAUCUUUGCACUUUUGCGCCCCCUAGCAACGGUUUAUUCAGCAUCCAUCUUACAUCCUGUCUCAUUUCUGAGCUCUUUUCCACCAGUUAAAGUCAGUCUAACGUUGACUCUUGUCUCAUCUUCUGCUCUAUCACUCUGUAAUCAGUAGAUCUGACACGACUAAAUCCACUUCUAAAAUACAUAUUAAAAAAACUCUGGUCUACAUCGUCAGUUUAGUUUUGGACUUCUUUUUAAAUGCAUACAUAAGAAGUGAUUUAAUUCUCAAACUUACUGUUAUUUUCAAAACAUCUGGUUUUUGUUGAGCACGGCGGUGCCUACUGUGCUCAGGUUAUGUGUGCUAAUGUGGGAGCUAAUAAGCCUGCAAAAUAGACCAAACAUGAAUGCUUUACUUUAAUCCAUGUGUGCACUGCAGCUCCGUCAGACGUGACUAAUAUGCAGAUUUUAUGCCAAUGUGAAUGCAGACCCACCACAGACUAUGGUCUAUUGUAAAUGUACAGAAGCAGGACCAUUUUGAUGGAUUCUAUCACAUCAGCUGAUGUCUGUGUUCCAGAAAAAUGAUGUCUUCAUGGGCUGUGUAGGUGAAAUGAUCACAUGAUGAAUUCUUCAUUUCAGUUCUGGAGAGAAGGCGAAGGUUCAUUUCAUAUCUAUCAGUGGAUUAAUCUGGUUAACCAGCAGAUAAAGCAGUAAACAGAUGUGGAAUAUUUAUCUAAAUCUGCUGUCCAGUACUGCUGACAUAAAACCACUGAGACAUAUGUCAAAGCUUUUUGUCUUCUAGGAACAUUGACAAUUUAUAUGUAUUUUAUAUGUAUAAGUGUUUCUAUGUGUGGUGGAAAAGGUUUUCACCUCGCCCCCUCUUCUAAAUUGCACUUUCCAGCAGUGACUUGGGGGGGAGCUGAGGGCCUGUAUAUUUAGUAAGCUCUUGCUGGUCGGUGUGCACUCCCUUGUUUCUGGGUGGUCCUGGUGGACCUCUAGCUGUCAUGGCAGAGGUUGCUGAGCGUUAGCUGCUAACACCAUGUGUACUUUGUCACUUCUGUCUGUGUUAGGUGCUGGCAGUUUUAUGCUCACUUUGGACUUUUUGCAGUUGGGUGGACAGCUGAUCAGGUUGGUGUUACCCUGGGCAGGUUAACCGCAGGAGUCAUUUGGCAGCCGAGUAAGGGGAAGAUCAUUGGCAGUAGUGUAUCUGCUUAAUUCCUCCUCCUGUGGGAACCUAUACACGGGUGAGAAUCUGGUUCCAUUAAGGGUGAUCCUUGAUUGUUAUCAGUAACCUAGAUUUGUGGGUGUGUAUUCUCAUAGCCAGACAAACGAGCGCGCAUUGAGGGGCAUCACAUUCUGGCAGAGGACACUGCUGUUUUGUUCAGGGCUUGUUUUUUUUUUUACACAGUUCAACAAUUUGUCCUGACUGUGUCCUGGGGUAGUGGGUGUGGCACUAAAGAUGAUUACCUGGAGUUACUGCUUGUGUUGUAUUUUCUUUCAUUUAUUCAGAGGGCACCAUGUUUUGUGGUUAUUUUUUUGCAUGUGUUAACCCUCUCAUUGUGUUUAAGGUUGCAACUCCCAGUCGGACCACCCACUUGCUGCUUAGU